GUUCUGCGCAUGCGUGUUGCAAUGAGGAGGAGGCGGCAGUAGCGGCUCCGGUAGGAAUUGUUUUGGUGACAUACCGGGGAAACGAAAAAAGAAUGCCUGGCGAGCACACGGGGAGAACUGAAUCAUCCUGGAGACCGGACGGGAGACCCCUUACAGAUAAUGUAUAAAGGGCGAAGUCAGAGUGCUGCAGGCGCUAUUGUUUAAGAGCUAAAGCAGACUGUAGUGUCUGGAAACCAUAGCUAUUGCUAACAUAAACCUAAGGCUCUAGAUACCUCCACGCUAAGGUACACAGGCUUGGAGCACGGUUUUGGGGCACCUCCUCUAAGAAUGUAGAGACCCUAUAGACGUUGAGCCCCACCAGCAAGGACCCUGUUACAUAGGUCUCCUCGAGACCUAGAGGCCCCUGGCGACCAGGCAAGACUGCUGUACACAGUGUUCCUUACCGAGACCAACACUGAAUGUAGGAUACACUAAAGACUUGAUAUUGGAAUUUUGUAAUACAGAAUUGUCCAGUACACAAAAUACCUUAAUUCCUCUGAUAUACAAGUCUCUCACUCUCCAACAGACUGAUACAUAGAGCCACUGAACAAAGAGCAUACCAGUGACAACUGACCCCCUUUGUCAAGAACUGGGAACGUAGCAACUUCUGUAAUAACCCCCACAAAGUUACACCAGCACCUAAACACUGAAUAUGUAGAGGAACCUCAAAAAAACGUUGGUACGUGGAACACACAUGUACUGUUGUCAGCCUACAGGAAUCUGUUGAAAUGUGGACUUGAUGCUCAAGCUAUUAACAAUACACAUUAUAUAAGUUCUAGAAUCCAAAGACUGGAGCUUCUGCACAACUCAGAACAUUCUGAAUACUCCUUUGGCCAUCAUACAUCAUGGCAGCCGCAGCUGCAGAGCCAAUGGGUGGGACCAGCCCAGUGCUGAGUUUUCUGUGCUGUGGUCUGCAGUCCCGCAGAGGAGCUGCCACCCUGAAGAAACCUCUACCUGCUGAGGUGAGGGACGAGCUGGAGAUUCCUGGUUCAUCGGGUCAGUCUGGCACACAGACCAUGAAAAAACUUGGCCACAGAAGUGUGGACUCAACUGGGGAGACUACUUAUAAGAAGACAACAUCGUCUGCCUUGAAAGGUGCCAUCCAGCUUGGUAUCACUCACACAGUGGGAAGUUUGAGCACCAAACCAGAAAGGGAUGUUCUCAUGCAAGAUUUCUACGUGGUGGAGAGUAUAUUCUUCCCUGGUGAGGGGAGCAAUUUGACGCCGGCCCAUCACUAUAAUGACUUUCGCUUCAAGACCUAUGCCCCUGUUGCUUUUCGCUAUUUCCGUGAACUUUUUGGCAUCCGACCAGAUGAUUAUCUGUAUUCACUGUGUAAUGAGUCUCUGAUUGAGCUGUCCAAUUCUGGAGCAAGUGGAUCUCUAUUCUAUGUUUCCGGGGAUGAUGAAUUCAUUAUUAAAACUGUACAGCACAAGGAGGCAGAAUUUUUGCAGAAGCUUCUGCCUGGAUACUAUAUGAACUUGAAUCAGAAUCCACGUACUCUUCUACCCAAGUUUUUUGGGCUGUACUGUGUACAGGCAGGGGGCAAGAACAUCCGUAUUGUAGUGAUGAACAACCUGCUCCCACGUUCUGUCAAAAUGCACCUCAAGUAUGACCUUAAAGGAUCCACCUACAAGAGAAGGGCGUCUCCUAAAGAGCGUGAGAAGGGCUUCCCCACCUACAAAGAUCUGGACUUCAUGCAGGACAUGUCAGAUGGGUUGUUUUUAGACACAGACAUGUACAGUGCUCUAUGCAAGACUAUCCAAAGAGACUGCCUGGUUUUGCAGAGCUUUAAGAUAAUGGAUUAUAGCUUGCUUGUGGGCAUACACAACAUUGAUCACUUUCAGAAGGAAUGUGCCGUGGUGGAUGGGCAAGCUCAAGCAGACUUGAAACGUCCAGCUGCUCAGAAAGCUCUUUAUUCCACAGCAAUGGAAUCCAUCCAGGGAGAGGCACGGCGAGGAGGAUCCAUUGAGACUGAUGACCAGAUGGGAGGUAUCCCUGCUCGGAAUGCGAAGGGGGAACGCCUGCUGCUUUACAUAGGAGUAAUUGAUGUUCUUCAAUCUUACAGGUUCAUUAAAAAGCUGGAACAUUCCUGGAAAGCAUUGGUGCAUGAUGGGGACACAGUCUCCGUUCAUAGGCCAGGCUUCUAUGCUGAGAGAUUCCAGAGGUUUAUGUGUAACACAGUGUUCAAGAAGAUCCCAUUAAAAGCUUCGCCUUCUAAAAAGAGCCGGACAAUGCCAGGCAUCACCCGGAGAGCCACGCAAUCAGCAGUGCCCACCCAGCUGCAGCUGAUAGGAGAAAAUAGACAGUAUUUGAGCACAGAAGGCGAUACAGAGCAAGGGGGACUUUUUGGUAGACCAGACCUGCUCCCUCGAACACCUCCUGUUGAUGAAGCUGCCAGUGACUCCUUGGCAACCACCUUGUCUACAUCAUCACUCGGCAGUGGAGGAUUAAAUUCCCCAGCACAUAGGUCUGUGGGAGUAGAAGUGCACAAAGCAGAAGUGACAGAGGUUGAAUUAAGUACAAAGGGUGCAAAUGCAACAUCAGACAGGUUGGAUGUCCCAUAUGUACCUCACGGACAAACAGGAGAAGAGGAUGCACUGGAUAUCAGUCAAAUAGAGACUGAGAUCUGUUUUUGAACGAAGAUAUGCUGCUGGAAUGUUUCCUCGCUGGAUCAGUGGAGCUUUUGCAAGCUAGCAAGACUUGUUGGCUCUGCCGAGGAGGGAGCGCUGGUGCUGCCCAACUUGUGAUUGGUUAAGCUCAGAAGCUGCCAACGCUGCUGCUCUCAGAAAGACUUUGCUUUCUCUGCUCCUGUUAUGGAAUGAUGUUACUGAGCAGAUCAAAGGCGUCUCGCCGGAAAGUGACGAGAUAGUGGUCUAGAACUCCUCAGAUUUGCCUUAUACUGCUACCCUUUUGUGAAAGGAGUUUCACUUUGUUUUAUUUCUAUUUAAUAUACAUAUAUAUAUAUAUAUUUUUGAAGUAGACCGUUAAACAUAGAACUUGUGCUGUUUUUGACAUAGUGUUGUAAAAACACAGCUUAAACCCCUGAGAAGCACUUGCUGCCUAUCACUACUGGGGCUUCUCCCCCUGGAGAGACGCUGUGACCUCAGCCAUUACAUGCUAUGACUGCACUGGAGGCUUGGGGCUGGCGUUUUGCCACCUUCUGAAUUUGAAAAUUUGAUAAUAUUCCAUGCAAAGAAGAUACAGAUGGAUUCAUUGUUAUACAGCAUUACCAAACCCUAUUUAUGUGCCAAUAAUACCCUUUCCUCCUUGUUGCCUUCAGCAUGUACUAAACCAUCAAAUCUCAGUGUCUUACUAAGGGUCAUUUGCCUCUCCCAGGCUCAGUUGUGCUUUCUGGGAAUGUCUGUAAAAUCACCCUGAUCUUUCCUGCUAAGUUUGGAAGAUCUGGGUACAGUAUGAAUGUCGUAUAAAGGAUACAAAGAAACCUUGAAGAGCAGCUGUCUGGAUUUUGUUGCCUUGUCCAUCAAUCACUUUCUGUGGGUGGGUCCUUCCUUGUGGGGUAACAAUAACCAUUACUGCCUGAUGGGUCAUUGGUUCUAUUUUAGCUGCUAGAUUAUGGUUAAGAGUGAGACCAAAACAAUCCCCACCAAAUACUUCUGGAUGUACAAAGAGACAAACAGGUCCCCCUUCCCCUUUUUUAUAUUUUUUUUAAUUUUUUUCUUCUUUCCUUAAAGGCUCACUAGAUGCAGACAAAAAGGGACAUGGUCUUUUUUGCUCUUCAAACUUUAUUUAUAAGUAAUUUCAUGUAGCCCCAACAGUACAGCUCAUACUAGUAUUUUUUGUUAGUGAAUGAACAAGCUUCCCAAUUUUUAUUAUAUAUUGUACCCAUACCCCUAUUCCUCAUGUUUAGUAUUUAUGGAAGUUUUUAUUUAAGUGUUUUAAUUUCUAAUAUCAGGUGCUCUGUGUGCAGGAGUGGACAGGCAUAUCUUUAUGUACAUAAACUAUACAAACAUGAAUCCAUAAAAUGUUUUAUUUCUGUUA